GCAGGUGUUCUGGGUAAAGAGUGUUGGGGUGUGACUUACACUCCUGAACGUGUGUGUGCUCUGAAAGGAUCAUCAGUUGAUCUCUCCUGCUCUUAUAACCCUGGAGGACACACAGUGACUAAAUCAGUGUGGUUCAUUAAAGAGCAGGCUGGUGCUGAGCCUGUAGAUGUGAGAGAGGAUGAGGAGUAUCAGGGACGAGUGCAGUACAGACAGAGCUUCCAGAAUGACUGUAGUAUGAGAAUCACUCACCUGAGAGAGAGAGACGCUCAAACAUACAGAUUCAGAUUCUACACUGAUGGAGGUGAAUACACUGGACAACCUGGAGUCACUCUGUCUGUCACAGAUCUGAAGGUUAUAGUGUCCGACACAGACAGCGGAGGAAAGAAACUGAAGUGUAGCAGCACCUGCACUCUGCCAAACAACCUCACUUACAUCUGGUACGAGAACGGACAGCCUGUGAUUCACUGCAAAUCUGCCUCCUGUGCUGUACCUGCGGUCAGUGGUGCAGUCAGCUACAGCUGCACUGUUGAAGGCCAUGAGAGCUUCAUCUCUCCUCCAGUGUACAGCUCAGUGAUCACAGUGGGAGUGGUGGUCUUCCUGGGAGUGGCGGUCUUUCUGAUACUCAUCACAGCAGCUCUGUGCAUGUGGAGAAAAAAAGGCCACAGCAGCGCUGAGGAGAGUGAACAGUGUGUCUCUGCUACUGUAUAUGGUGUUGUUUCAGCCCUGGCCAUGACUUCUGACCCUACAAGCAGAGAAAUAUCAGAUGAUCAGGAUGACAAUCACCUCUCCAGUGUUUAUUUCAGACCCUUUCACUCACAGGAAGAGCCUCCAUUCCUCACUGCUAAACUUGCUCUAGACUCCACAGAAGAAGAGGGUAUUCAGUACGCUGCUGUGAACUUCAGCAGACGCACUGCUGCCCCCCAGUCUCCUUUGGCUGAAGCAGCUGAUGAUCCAUCUCAGACCUACAGCCAGAUCCAAAAACACAAACCUGCAACAUAAACAGCAGAACACGUUCACUGUGAGCUCAGUGGACUGGACUUUCAGAGCUGAAGAUGCAGGAGCUCUGGAUCCUGGAGAAAAGCUGACCUGUUCACUGUAGACCAAACCUGCACAUUUAAAAAGAAGCU